ACGAGGAAUGAUACAGCUCUUCGGAUGCUUCGGAUGUCUGUUCCGAUUAAGAAUACUGACAUGAAUAAUGCUCUGAGUUAAAUAUUUAUGUAUUAAUGUUGUGUUUUCGAAAGUAGAGUAGCUUUUAUAAUUAUAUUUGUAUUGUAGUGAUAUUUGUUUCUACUAACUUGACUUGAAUGCAUUAUUUUCCCGUAUUUAGAGGCGUAUUUCGCCCUUUUUACACAUAAAACUACUUAAUAUUUAUUACAAACUAAUGUAUCACACUUUUUGCUGUCAGAAUUUUCAUUUUCAAUAUUCAGAUUAAAAAAAAUCAAAUUUCGAUUUUUUCCGGCUAGAAUCGUAAUCUAUCCCACUGUGCGCCGUGAGAUUUCAUGACAAUGAACAAAUAACAAAAGACAAAUAGCCAUAUAACAAUGCGGGUUUCUGCAACAAAGGGGAUAAAACGUUUCACAUACGAACUGACGUCUAUUGUGUCCUUAUUUUACAUGAUAAUCAGCCACGUCGGUAAAUAAUCAUAUCUGAAAUAUUUGCUGUGCAUCAAGAGAAUUAAUCUGUGGACUGUAAAACCGCCGCCGUCGUCCAACCUCAACACCGCGUCACAGAAGAAUAACACUCAUCGAAUACCUUCAAAACCAGUGGUGAUUAUAGUAACAGUCACCUAGGAUGCAGCGAUGAGGAGGGAAGCGGAUUCGGAUGGAUGAUCCUCCACCACCAGAAUAUGAGUCACCAAUGACACCACUAGAUGGAAGUGGGACAGAAUUGCAGGAGCCAUACACCUCUUACACCCCCUACAGCAAUCAGCCUGCCACCCCGCUGCAUACAGGGUCUGAUAUGUAUGGUAAUAGUGAAUACAGUGAAGCAGCAACAAACGCUUUCCAGCUAUGAUCAGACAGGCCAGUAUGGUUACCAGAGUCCGUGUAACAUGUGCACGUGUGUGUGCGGCAGCAUCUGCUGCUGCCCCACCUCCAGCCCCUCCUCCAGCUGCCCCUCAUCGCCAGUGACAACUUCAGUAGUUACCGUACGGCGAGGCGAUCUGUCAGUGGAAGAGCCAAAACAACGACGCCCUGGAAGAAGACCCAUUUCAGAGUUGAUGGCUGAGGAUGAGAACAGCUGUAUUACAUUAUCAGAUAAGGGAAAUGGCUACUCCACAGGAGAAGGCAGAAUGUGUAUCCUGGUUUAUCGACAGAAGAUCAGAUAUGCAGGUGCAGCGCAAGUUAAAAUAUUUGUGAUCAGUAUCUGUCAAUAAUUUAAUUAGUAUUUUAAAUAUAAUGACAUAAGUUAUGACAUAAGUUAUGAGAUCGUGCGAGUGCAAAUGGGAAUAUGUAAUGUUAUUACACCGAGGUCCUAUUCGGUGUUAUCCAAGACCCAAGAGGAUGAAUAUUUUGAAGGAUCUGGACGAGCAUAUUAAUAGUACUGAAUACCCAACACAUACAAUUGCACAAUACAAUUUCUGCACUGACUUCUUUGACUAUGACUCCUAUUUGCUGUCUGGUUAUUUUAAAAAGAUACUGCAAGCUUGUAAACGAAUCACCAGUAGCAUAAAAACACUUCAGCUGACAUGCCAAAAAUAAUUCUGUUCGUGACCAAAGAAGUUCACAAUCUACACUUUAAAAAUACCAACUGAAGUCGCUUACCUCAACAUGCUCUCUCUUCUUGGCACUAGGUUUCCUGUCACCCACAGGAGUGCCAGGUUUCUGGUUUUGUUUCUCCUUAUUUGUUCCUUCCCUCGUUUCCCCAUUAUCCUCAAAGU